CUUUCAUCUAUCUAUCUUCAUCCCCGACCAUCUCGAUCGCCUACCUCGGCUAUCCCAGACAGGCCUUGAGAAGAUGGUGAAAGAAGCACUCUUUCUCUUAGUUCUCCUCCUGGUGGCUGGCCAGGGUUAUGGCCGUCGUCUGGUUACAGAGAAUUCUACAAAUUUGAUUUCAGAUGGGAUCGACGACGACCAUGCAAGCGACGGAUCUCCAUUCCUUGCUCUGAAGCGUCUAUCUUCACCGGUGACCUGCGAGCCAGAGUAUGGCUUCUUACCCUGUACCACAAAUAUCUGGGGGCAGCUGUUCAUCAUUGUGGUAUACGAGUACCUGCUAUUCCUUGGGGAGAAUUACAUUUCUGCUGGGACUGAACUCAUCUUCAAGCUCCUCGGCCCAGGAAUCUUCGGUGCUAGCGCCUUCCAUAUCCUCGGUUCACUUCCAGAGGCCGUGUUAGUUCUUGUGGCUGGAGUCUCUGGAAGCAUAGAAAUUGCUCAAGAACAGGCUGUUAUCGGAAUGGCCUUGCUGGCUGGAUCCACUGUCAUGCUGCUAACUAUACUUUGGGGUUCCAUUGUUGCUGUUGGAAAAUAUGACCUUUCAAAUGAUUCAAAGCCAACAGAUAUUUCAGUUACAAGAAGAUCACACUUAACUGGCUUUGGUGUUGUUACAGACCUGGAGACCAAUUAUACUGCAAAGAUCAUGCUUCUAUCCUUGGUUCCAUUUAUCAUAGUACAACUUCCAAAAUUGCUCAAUAUGCCCUCUGGAGAGCGUAUAGCGAUUAUAAUUUCUCUUGUUGUUUCCCUUACUCUCCUUGUUUCCUACUGUUUCUAUCAGGUAUUUCAACCAUGGAUCCAGAAUAGAAGACUUGAAUAUUUGUGGCAUAAAUAUGCACAAGACAACCUACUACAAAAGCUCCUCACUAAUGAUGGAAAGCCUAAUAUGACUGUUAUAAAAGAGUUAUUUCAGAAAAUUGACCAGAAUGGAGAUGCAUACAUAUCCCCUGCCGAACUAAGAGCAUUGAUCUUAGGGAUCCAAUUUGAAGAGAUUGGUCUGAUUAAGGAUGGUUUCACGGUGCAAGUAAUGAAAGAGUUUGAUACUUCAGGUGAUGCCCAUAUUGAUGAAGCCGAGUUUGUCAGAGGAAUUUCAAAAUGGCUUCAAGAGUCGCAGCAAACCACUGAAAACCAAAGCCAUCACCGGAGGAAUUUGUCAAGAAAACCUUCUCAGAAAAGUAGUGAGGAAGAGCAAGAGAAGCUUGUGAACCGACAGGAUAAAAGUAUAGCAGUUGAUGAUAAAUCAUUAUGGUCUUACGCUAAAGCUGCAUUUCUAUUACUUCUUGGAACCACUAUUCUAGCCGUACUCUCAGAGCCACUCCUAGAUGCUGCCCAGAGCUUCUCUACCGCUGCAAAUAUUCCAUCAUUCUUCAUCUCAUUUGUUUUUCUGCCUUUGGCUGUAAACUAUAGAGAAGCGGUGUCAGCAAUCACUGCUGCAAGACAGAAAAAGCAAAGAUCUGCUUCUUUAACGUUCUCUGAGAUAUACAGUGCGGUAUUCAUGAACAACAUUGUGGGCAUAUCCAUCUUCCUUGUCCUAGUUUAUAUUCGUGGAUUGGCAUGGGAUUUCUCAGCAGAAGUGUUGGUUGUUCUUAUUGUUUGCAUUGUCAUGGGUCUGGUUUCAGGCUUCUGCAAUGUCUUUCCCCUUUGGACAUCUAUAGUGGCAUAUCUGUUGUAUCCAUUCUCUUUGUUGCUGGUUUUUAUUCUCAUUUAUUUUUUUGGGUGGUUGUGAGUCCCAAAGGCACACCCUAAAGAAAGGUCGUUCCAUGGGUUUCAAAAUAUUUACAGAAUUACAGGUCAAGGACAUUGAAUUUAAUUUGUUA